CUAGGGGCGGUCAGGACGCUUCGCGAACGGCUGCCGUAGCGGCGGCAGCGCCUUAAAGAGCGGGGCUCAGCCGGCCGCUGGGAUGCAGGGGACGGACGGGCAGCCCUGCCCUGCCCUGAUCCAGCACUGGCAUAUUGUGAGAAUGAACGUGAAAAACGCUCCAAGGUGCACAGACAUUACAUCAAGUAUUAGACAUAGGUUAUAAUGGAAGAUGGAGAACUGAACACUACAGAUGUGAUUAUCUUUCAAAACAGGAGAAAUGGAGAACCUGCAGAAAAUAAACAUGCAAGGCAGUCUGCUGAAGUGGGGAAGGGAUGCCACAGUACCAAUAGCAAGGAAUGAACUUCGCAUUGCUGAAAGUGUUUCUUCAGCAUGUCCCAUGUAGCAUCCAGUGCUUUGCUGCUGUGAUACACAUAGCUCUUCUUAAAUCAGUGGGAUAUUCCUGUGUUUAUAGUUAAAUUGUGUUUAAAUGCUUCACUGCAUCAAGAUCAUUAAAAUGUGCUAUGGCCCAGAGGACUAACAGUAAACGAGCUCAGAUGUACUGAGAACUGGGUGCCCGGUUACUGUAUAACCUCGUGGUACAGCUAGGAGGGACGCCCUGCAGAGCAGUGGCGUUGUUUAAAAAAAAAAAAUCAACUGAGAAACUACGAGUGUGAGGAACAGAUUGCAGGACUGGACAUUCAGUGUGUGCGCAGGAUUCUGAAUGCAAAGUCAUCAUAAUGAUCCCAGCUCUUACAGCAUGCUUUUUAUAGGCAUGUAAGAACUUAAACAAGGAGACAUAAAUUAUUGACCAGAAAAUGGCCCAGCGAAGCCCAAUCUUCCCAACUCUUGCCCCUUCUGAAAGACGAGUUCGAAACAUACCACUGCAUAGCCAGGCGUUGACAGCAGUCCCGUUGGCAUCUGCAAGCCUGGUGGAUCAGCUGGAAGACAGAAUCCUAAGCCAUGAGAAAACAACGGCGGCUCUUGUGGAACACGCUUUUCGCAUUAAGGAGGACAUUGUUUCCACUCUGCACAGAAUGCAGAACAAAGGGGGGGGUGACCGGUUGGCUAGGCAACUCUUGGAAGAACAUAUCCGAAACAUAACGGCAAUAGUGAGGCAGCUUAAUCGGGACAUUGAGAUGCUGCAGGAACAGAUACGUGUCAGAGACAAUCUCAGCUAUGGAACAAAUUCUACCCUGAAGAGUCUGGAAAUGCGGCAGCUUUCUGGUUUAGGAGAUCUUCGGGGAAGAGUUGCAAGGUGUGAUGCUGGGUUAGCCAGACUGUCUGCAGAGCACAAAAUUACCUAUGAAAGACUUCAGAGCCUAACUAAAGACCAACAUACCUCCAAGCUGAUCUUAGAAUCUAAAAUUAAAGAGGCAGAAAUACAGAUUUCUCAUCUUCUGAGCAGAGUAGAGCAAUCAAUAAUGCAACAAGAGGCGAAGCUGAAGAUUGCCUACAAAGACAGCAACCAACAGCUCCACCUUCUGGAUAUGAAAUUAAAAAAUGCUACUGAGGAACUCAGCAGCCAGAUUUUGUCUGCACGUAGCUGGUUGGAACAGGAACAUGAAAGGAUUGAAAAAGAGCUUGUGCAAAAAAUUGACCAACUCUCAUUGACUUUAAAGGAAAACACUGAAAUGAGUGAAAGAGCUAUAGAGAUGAAAUUCAACCAAAUGGCAGAGAAAAUUGACAAAAUAGAAGAAAUACAGAAGAUAAACAUGGAAGCACAUGAAGCAAAACAGACUGAAGAAAAGAUAAAUAUUCGCAUUGGCAAACUUCAAAAUGAGAUAAAUGAAGAUAUAAAAGAAAUGAAAGCUGAAGUUAAUGCUGGAUUUGCAGCUAUCUAUGAGAGCAUUGGGUCUCUACGGCAAGUUCUAGAAGCGAAAAUGAAGCUGGACAGAGACGAACUACAGAAGCAGAUCCACCAAAUGAAGCAGGAGGUUCCAACAUGGGGAGAGGCUGGACCAUGACUUCAAGAAUUUGUCUGAGAGAUUAAUAUUUACCUGGCUAAAUAGGCAGACUAUAAUCUUGUUCCAGUCUGUAAUUCAAAUUAAAUGCAUGUACCAAAUGACAUGCUGCUGUUGCACAGGUCCGUAUGCUUACUCAAAGCGGUAAAUGCAAGCUCUUCAUAGAUCAACUGACAACAAGCUUUUAGGGCCAAGGUACUGAUUUGCCACUGCAAUACUCUAGUUGCUCUCAGGAGAUUAAGCACCGCAUAAAACUGGAGUAAUAUAUUGGUGAAGCUGGCACCUAAUUUGCUAAAGGCAUUGCAGUACUCCCCAGUUUUCAAGGUUUGAUCAGGCAGGUAUAUGCUUUAUAUAUACACAUAUAUACAUAAACACGUACAUGUCUGCCUGCCCCCCCGCCCCUUUUUAAAAAAAAAACCAAACAACCAACAAGUUGAUAUAAUUUGUUUAAUAACAGUUUGGCAAGGUUCUCCACCUUGAUACACAUUACUUAAUUGAAUUCAACAGACAUUUUUACAGUGACUUUCUCUACUAUUGACUUCCUGGGGAGACAGAAUUGGCACUAAACAGACCAAUUUUCAAAACCUAGAUACCAUCAGAAAAUCUUUGUUUAGUUUUGCAAAUAUCCUCUGGUGUGUGUGUAAACUAAGCAGUGUUAUAUAAUGUAGUUGUAGACUAAGAUGAUUCAUGAACAACGUAAGAAACUUAACUCACGUGGUCUUAAGUAUUGUGACCUUUUUAAAUUAAUAACCAAGUGGAGUUGAGACAAGGUAGAAGAUGUAUAUACAGUAUUUUAUAACUGGGCAUGUGUUUCUGUGACUUGUUUCAUUAUAUUGGUAAAAACUUCAAAAGGUUUGAAAACAAAAGAGAAGGUGAUAAUCUAACAUAGUCUGGAGAAUGUAAUGUAAAAUAAAAUGAGUUUAUGAUCUGCCUAGAAA